UAUCGUCUCACUAUCUGAGAAAUAUUCACCUGCGAACAAAUUAAUGAUAGCGCUUAUCAAUUAAACUACAGUGAUUAGCUGAAACGUUAUUAAUAUUCGGCCAUUUGGGACUAUCGUCCUUCCGAAGAAGGAGAUGUUACUCCACUAAGUCACAUAAUGUUCUUUUUAGUGUAAAAUAGAAUAAAGAAAAUGAAAAUAACAGCAGUGUUUAUGUUGGUGUUUGCUUCGGCGACAGUGCGGGGCGCGCCGUGGGACGGCAUCCCGGAGAUGCCGAACCCGACGCAUCAGUGCGCGAUGUGGGGGCAGUGCCACACCGUGGGCGGCUUCCCGCAGGCCUGCGCCUACUCCGGGCCGGCGCUGCGGCUCAUGCACGCCGGCCUCGACCAGCCCACGCGCGACGAGGUGCGCGCCAUCCUCGAGCAGCGCUGCCCGCACCUGCUCUACCACGACGACGGCACUCGCAAGGAGGACGACGACGUCUAUACGUGCUGCGAGGUGGACCAGUUCCUGUCUAUGGCUGCAAGCAUGAACAUGGCUGACGGCGCGCUAGGUCGCUGCCCCACCUGCCUCAAGAACUUCGUGCGACAGAUCUGCGAGAUGAACUGCUCGCCCGAGCAGAGUCGCUUCGUCAAGGUGCAGCAGGACACGGCGCCGGACGGCUCCGAUUACGUCACCGAGAUCGACUACUACCUGCACGAGGACUUCUUCUACGGCGCCUUCAACUCGUGCUCGGAUGUGAUCGUGCCGCAGACGGGUCUACCGGCCGUCAACCUGAUGUGCGGCGGCGCUGCAGAGUGUAACGCCGAGGCGUGGUUCGGCUUCAGCGGGGAUGUGGAGAAUAACCCGUUCACGCCGACGCAAGUGAACUUCAUCCCGUGGGCCGAUCGCGAGGAGUCGAUGAGCGCGCGCGCGCCGGCGUGCAGCGAGACGGCGGCGGGCGACGCGCCGUGCGGCUGCGUGGACUGCCGCGCCGCCUGCCCCGCGGGCCAGGAGCCCUCGCUGCCCGACGUCUGCACUCUUCUCUCCGUGCACUGCACCGGUUUUGCUGUAGGACUUACCUUCUUCGUCGUUAUAGUCACAAUUUUCACGGUUCUUACAUUAUUAGAGUACAAAAGAAUGCGUGCCAAUAGUCAUGAUCAGCAACACAGUACCAAACCGAACAAGGUAAACAAAGUAAUAAGAGUCAAUCAGAAAGUAUUUUCUAAUAUUGGAGCCUUUGCUGCUGGGAAUCCAAUGUUGAUAAUAUGGCUGACGACAUGCCUGGCUUUCCUGAUGUAUUUCGGACUAAAUCAGCUACAAGUUAGUUCCAAACCUAUUGACAUAUGGUCAGCACCGGACUCGAGAAGUCGUCAUGAUUUCAAUUACUUCAACUCUAGAUUCGGUCCUUUUUAUCGUGCUGCUCAGGUAUUUCUUCAAAUUGAAGGUUUAGAGUCAUUUGAGAAAGAUAACGUCACGUAUGGUCCUGCUUUCAGACCUGAAGCUAUACGUGAACUGGUGAAUCUUGAGGAUAAAAUAAUAAAUCUUGGUCGGGACGAGGGCGGGGUGGUUCUGGAGGACGUGUGCUACGCGCCGCUGCGGGUGCCCGGCAGCCCGCCCGACCUCGACCGGUGCGUGACCAUGUCACCUUCUACGUAUCUCGGGGAAAAUAGGAACUUUAAUGUGAGCGAGUUUGCUUAUCUAGAUAAGAUUGUCACCUGCUUAAAUAACUAUUUGGGAUUAGACUGCUUGGCACCCUGGGGUGGCAGUGCCGAACCUGAUAUUGCUUUCGGGGGCUACGAAGGCACGAACAGACUCAAGGCCGAUACUUUAGUUCUGAACUUACCUAUUUCUAAUUAUCUAUCUCAGAAUGAAUUGAAGCCAGUCUUGGAGUGGGAACAAAAGUUCUUAGACUUGUUGGACGAUUAUGUCAAAAACUCUAAACCAGAUUUCAUUGACGUCUCUUAUGGUACUGAGAGAUCUAUUGAAGAUGAAAUUGAUCGUGUUUCAAGAGCUGAAGUAGUUCCUAUUGCAAUAAGCUACGUUUUGAUGUUCCUUUAUGUGACUUUAGCCUUAGGCAAAGUGCGACCGUGCAAAGCGUUUUUGACCGGCAGCAAAGUCCUGCUCGCUAUAGGAAGCAUCACUGUGGAAAUAGUUGCGAUCUAUUGUGCAUUAAGUACAAUGGGAUUCCUUGGUAUCACAACUACAUUAUUGUCGAUCAAUGUCAUUCCAUUCUUUAUUCUAUCUGUUGGUAUUGAUAAUGUGUUCCUCAUGGUCAAUACUUUGUACGAUAUUAAAAAUAAUUUAAAAGAGUUUGAUGAUUAUAAUGAUAAGCUCAGUGACGCAAAACAGAAAAUAUUUGUUUUUUCCAAAAUGAUGGAAAGAAUAGGUCCAUCGAUAUUUGGGACAUCAGCAAUUCAAAUCACAUGUUUUGCUUUAGGAUCCAUGGCAAACUUUCCAGCUGUUCAAACUUUUGCAAUUUUUGCAACAUUUUCACUAGCGUUCCUCUUUGUUUUCCAAAUAACCACUAUUAUAGCUUUAUUGUCUCUAGAUUACGAUCGUGAGUCUAAAAACAGGUUAGAUAUUUUCUUCUGCAUACAAAAAAAGAUAUUGGAUGAUACUAACCCUUUGACUUCUGCUGAGCCUUACCAGAGCGUCACACAGCGCCUGAUGGAGCCUUACUCCAAAUCCAUUGUCAAUUGGAGAGUAAAGAUUAUUGUAGUUAUAAUUUUUGUGGCAAUAGUUUCAGUAAGUGUCAUGUUGAUACCACAGCUAGAAAUUGGUUUAGAUCAACAGUUAUCUUUGCCCAAAGACUCUUACGUCUAUAAAUAUUUAGAGUCCGUAAAUUAUCUUUUUAAACUCGGCCCACCCGUAUUCUUUGUACUUAAAUCUGGCUUAAACUUUACCAAUACUGAACAUCAAAACGCUAUUUGUGGUGGAAGAAACUGCUUCGACGAUUCUCUUAUUACUCAGGUAUUUUUAGCUUCUCUGUAUCCAGAUGUCACACACAUUUCUCGUGGGUCCAACUCUUGGAUUGAUGACUUCUUCGAUUGGAGCAAUCUUCCUGGUUCCUGUUGCCGGUAUAAUAUAGAGGACGGUAGUUUUUGCCAAAGCUCAAAUUCGUCAGAGUUAUGUUCAUAUUGUGAUAUUCCUCUCGAUGACAGCGGCCUCCGUCCAUCGACUGAAGCAUUCCAGGAGUAUAUUCCUUUCUUCUUGCAAGAUAUUCCUGAUGAGAUAUGUAACAAGGGAGGUCUGGCCAGUUACUACAGUUACGUUAAUUAUGUUUUAGACGCAGAUGGUCGAGCUUCGGUUGAUGACACUGCUUUCAUGGCCUAUCAUAUUGGUUUAGGAACAUCUAAGGAAUAUAUUACUGCUGUGAAGUAUGGAUAUGAGAUCAGUGAGAAUAUUACAAAAGCAAUACAAAAGAAUACAGGACUGGAUGUAGAAGUGUUCCCGUAUUCUGUAUUUUAUCCUUUCUAUGAACAAUAUCUCACAAUAUGGACGGAUACAUUCUCUUCUAUCGCUUACUCUCUGGUGGGUGUGUUGGUAAUAACUUUGUUUACUUCUGGUUUCAACUUCUUAACCACUUUCGCAAUAAUUUUGACGACAAUAAUGGUUGUGAUUGAUAUGAUGGGAAUGAUGUAUAUUUGGAACAUUCCGUUGAAUGCCAUAUCUUGUGUGAAUCUGAUAGUGUCUAUUGGUAUUGCUGUGGAGUUUUGUAAUCACAUUGUGUACGCUUAUGCGACUAGUGAUGCCCCCUCGAGGGAGAGAGUCGGGGACGCCUUGAAGAAGGUUGGCGCCACCAUCAUCACUGGUAUUACACUGACUAAUAUUCCUAUAAUAGUGCUGGCGUUUUCUUAUACGGAGGUCAUUGAGGUAUUUUUCUUCAGAAUGUUCUUCGGCCUAGUGGUAAUAGGAUUCUUCCACGGUAUGGUGUUCUUGCCUGUACUUUUAAGUUACUUACAUAAUUUUUUCAAUAAAUAAUGUUAUAAUUAAUGUA